AACACCGAGUAGCCUACACCUGAGAGUUGUAUGUUGAUAUUGACUUAGGAGAGGUUAUGUUUUGUUUUUAAUUCAACGAAAUCGUUGAUAAUAAAUUGGUAUUGUGUAUUAUUUUCAGUGUAUUUUUCUGAAUAUAAUACUUUUAUAUAUUUCAUAUAAUAGCUAAUAACAAUUAGGUUUAUUUGUAAUAUAGAUUACCCUUUGCACCUUCAACCCAACAGCAGUCUAUGUGGUGAGAAUUGUGAAAUAUAUAAACAAUGCGGCUUAGUGUGGAUGGUUUGCUCGUCUAUUUUCCUUAUGAUUAUAUCUAUCCCGAGCAGUAUGCUUACAUGCAGGAGCUCAAAAAAGCCUUGGAUGCCAAAGGACAUUGCCUCUUGGAAAUGCCAUCAGGUACGGGUAAGACUAUUUCAUUGCUGUCGUUGAUUGUUGCGUACAUGGUAGCCAACCCUUAUGAUGUCUCAAAACUGAUCUACUGCUCCCGAACAGUGCCUGAAAUAGAAAAAGUAGUAGAGGAGCUGAGAAAGCUAUUCACAUAUUAUGAGAAGAACGAUGAUAAGCUCAACAUGGUUGGGUUAGUUCUCAGUUCGAGAAAAAAUAUGUGCAUUCAUCCACAGGUGAGUAAGGAGCGAGAUGGGAAGAUCGUGGAUGGACGGUGCCAUGGGCUGACAGCCUCAUACAUCAGACAGCAGCAUGAGACUGAUAGUAGUGUGCCAGUAUGUCAGUACUACGAGGGGUUUGACCGAAUCGGAAGGGAGGUGCCGCUUGCUCCAGGAGUCUACAGUUUAGAUGACCUCAAGGAGUACGGUCGUGAUAUGAAGUUCUGCCCCUACUUCCUCACCAGGUCUGCUAUAAUGACCGCUAACAUAGUGGUGUAUAGUUACCACUAUUUACUUGACCCGAAGAUUGCUGAUGUUGUUUCAAAAGAACUGUCCAAGUCUGCAGUGGUCGUGUUUGAUGAAGCUCACAAUAUAGAUAACGUGUGCAUCGAUUCAAUGAGUGUUAAAAUCAACCGGCGAAUUAUGGAUAAAGCCGCAGCUAACAUCCAGGUCUUGGAGAAAACAGUUAAUGAGAUGAAGGAAGUGGAUGCCCAGAAGCUCAAGGACGAGUACACCAGACUUGUGGAAGGGCUGAGAGAUGCGAGUGUAGCGAGAGAAACUGAUGUUGUUCUGGCCAAUCCUGUACUGCCUGAUCAAAUACUUCAUGAGGUGGUGCCAGGAAACAUCCGAAAUGCUGAGCAUUUCGUCAGCUUCCUCAAACGGUUUGUGGAGUACAUCAAGACACGAUUACGAGUGCAGCAUGUGGUACAAGAGUCCCCUGCUGGGUUUCUCAAGGAUGUGGCAAUGCGAGUGUGUAUAGAACGCAAGCCGCUACGGUUCUGUGCAGAGAGGCUCUCAUCACUGCUGCGUACUCUGCAAAUUGCUGACCAGACAGACUUCUCUCCUCUCUCAAUGGUUGCCAACCUCGCCACUUUGGUGUCCACAUAUACACGAGGCUUUACCAUCAUCGUGGAGCCUUUUGAUGACAAAACUCCAACCGUAUCUAAUCCCAUCCUCCAUUUCAGUUGCCUGGACUCCAGUAUUGCCAUCAAGCCGGUUUUCGACAGAUUCCAGUCAGUGGUGAUAACGUCGGGUACUCUCUCACCACUGGACAUGUACCCCAAAAUUCUGGACUUUAAUCCUGUGAUCAUGAGCUCCUUCACCAUGACGCUGGCCCGUCCUUGUAUUUUACCAAUGAUAGUCUCAAAGGGUAACGACCAGGUAGCAAUCUCAUCUAGGUUUGAGACAAGAGAGGAUGUGUCUGUGGUGCGAAACUAUGGACAACUGCUGGUGGAGAUCAGCACCAUCGUACCAGACGGUGUCGUCUGUUUCUUCACCUCGUACCUUUACCUGGAGAGCGUUAGUGCUACUUGGUAUGAUCAGGGAGUAAUAGAUCAAUUGCAACGACGCAAACUACUCUUCAUUGAGACACAGGACGCAGCUGAGACCAGUUUAGCACUGCUCAACUAUAUCAAAGCAUGUGAGAGUGGCAGAGGGGCAGUUCUACUGUCAGUAGCACGAGGGAAGGUCUCGGAAGGGGUGGACUUUGAUCAUCACCUGGGCCGGGCUGUGCUUAUGUUGGGUAUCCCAUAUGUCUACACACAGUCCCGGAUACUGCGGGCCCGUCUGGAGUAUCUUAGAGAUCAGUUCCAGAUCCGAGAGAAUGACUUCCUGACAUUUGACGCAAUGAGACAUGCAGCCCAAUGUGUAGGCAGAGCUCUUCGUGGCAAGACUGACUACGGCAUCAUGGUGUUUGCUGAUAAG